AAUGAUUCAAGUCUCAUAAUGUAACGGAGAUAGUUGGACUGAGAUGGAAGAGCUGAAUUAGAUAUUUGAAAAAAUGACAUCAGAAAAUAAUGUAAAACACAAUUAAUAAAAAACAAGAAUUGAUAUGUUUCAUCAUGAAAUAAUUAAAAAGGAUAAGAAUCAUUAAAUUAGUUUUAGAGAUGAAGUAAUUCCAAAUAUUGGAUUAAUUGAUAUUAACAUUGUAGAUAAUUGGAAAGAUUAUAAUGUUAUUUAAGAAUAAGAUGUUGGUGAUAGUUGUUCAUGCUUUAUCUCUUGA